CUACUUCCAUCUCAAACCCGACAAACAAUACUUGUGCUUUAGAGAGGCUUUCUUUCAGCCAUGAGAAUAAGGAAGCAUGCCAAAAUUUCCCCUCUCAUUUAUGCAGCUUCAUCUAUACAACCAGCAACACUUGUUUGCCAACUGAACCAGUCGCCAUGGGAUGUCAUCUCCUUUCCCAUUGAAGAAAACCAAGACCCACAAACACCACUGCCAUCUUUUUCGUAUCAGCAUGAUGGAUAUGCUAAUACUGGGACCUUUUAUGAUUCUAUUGGAACUGUCACGAGCGUCACCUCAAUGAAAUUGGAUGACGAAAGGGAAAUGAAAGAGAUUAAAUGGGAUUAUUACUACGACGCUAGUAUUAGUGAAGUGGGUGGUGAUUCCGUUAAGUAUGAGAAUAACCAAGACGAGGAUGUAUAUAUGGAGGAGCUAGGGUUGGAUAAAGAUAGCGGCGAUAAUUUAUGCCGACACCAUUUUGACGAGGUGAAACAUUACAACAACUAUGCCAAAAUACCAGAUAAGCAACAGGAGGCUGCAGCGGCGGCGAUCGGAAGUUCCCGCCACCGCCCUCGUGCUAAGAAAUCAUCUUUUUCUUCCAGUCCUUACGAAUUCUACUAUUAUUCGGGUUUCGGUCCGUCGUGGGGUAGAAAAAGAGGUUAUAGAAAGGCAGAUAGUGAUGCAACAGCCAAAGAUGUUCAGUGUAUGGCACAAGUCUCUAAUGAUAGUCACCUAACACAAUUUUCGUCUUCCCAAAUUAAUUAUGAUGAAUUUGACUAUGUUGAAGGCGAGGAUGUUGAAGAAAAAAAUGGGAAGAAGAAAGCUAGGAAGCCAAUUAAAGCAAGGUCACUGAAAUCUCUAAUGUGAAAAUACUACGAAUUUUUAAUAUGUUGGUGUGUUAAUUAGUGUUGUGGCGUUUUGGUCGCAAUGUGAUGUGAGUAACGUAAGAAGAUAUUGUUAGUUUUUUUUUGGUAAUGUCAUUUUUUAGGGUAUGGUAUACGAUUAUUUUGGUUU